AUGUUACAGAACAUCAACUUCCCCCAUUCUGACAGAGGCAGCGUGAAGCCAUUCGUCCAUUUCAAUGCCAAGCAGGACGCAGACCUCCUGCACAAGGCAAUGAAAGGCCUGGGCACCGAUGAGGAGGCCAUUCUGCGGCUCCUGGCGGCUCGCAGCAACGCCCAGAGGCAGCAGAUUAAAUCAGCUUACAAGAGCCGUCAUGGAAAGGACCUGGUAAAGGAGUUACAGUCCGAGCUCGGGGGAAAGUUUGAAACACUCAUUGUUGCCCUGAUGACUCCUCCUCUUACUUAUGAUGUGACUGAACUAAGAAAUGCAAUGAAGGGGGCGGGGACUGAGGAGAAGGUUCUUAUAGAGAUCUUGGCCUCCAGGACAGAGGAACAGAUCAAGGACAUCAUCAAAGCCUACAAGAAACAGUACCGUGACAGCCUGGAGUCGGAUGUCAGCGGCGACACCACGGGACACUUCAAGAGGAUGCUGGUGAUUCUCCUGCAGGCCAAUAGGGAGGAAGGUGUUGACGAAGGAACCAUUGAGAAAGAUGCUAAGGAGCUGUUUGCUGCCGGGGAGCAGAAGCACGGCACGGACGAGGACAAAUUCAUCUCCAUCCUGGGCAACAGAAGCACCGAGCACCUGCGGAGAGUUUUUGCUGCCUACAAGAAACUGUCUGGGUAUGAAAUUGAACAAAGCCUUGAAAGAGAGACUUCUGGGAGUCUGAAGGAGUUGCUCCUGGCUGUAGUGAAGUGCGCUAGGAGUGUUCCAGCCUAUUUUGCUGAAAGCCUCCGUGAUGCUAUGAAGGGGGCUGGCACGGAUGACGAGACCCUGAUCCGGAUCAUGGUGUCCCGCAGCGAGGUGGACAUGCUGGACAUCCGGGCGGAGUUCCUCCGGAUGUAUGGCCAAUCGCUGUACACCACCAUCCAGGAGGACACGACCGGGGACUACCGGAAGGCCCUCCUGUACCUCUGUGGGGGCAACGAUGGGUAG